AUGGCAAUUCAGAAGAUUGCAAGUGCCCUUUGGGCAUCAAGCCUGCUCCUCAGCUACUCCCAAGCUAGGAGCAUUGCGCACACAUCGCAACACAACUAUCCGACGCGUGAAAUUGCAGGUAUAUCGGUCAUCAACACUCCACUUGUCCAAGCUGCAGAAGACUUUGCCUCAGAGCAUUCGUCGCACGCAGUUUAUAAACAUGUCAUGCGAUCGUGGCUGUACGGCGUGCUUAUGCUGGAUGCGAACAAAACACUCGGCCAAAGCGUUGAUGUAGAAGUGCACGCCGUCGCUACGCUUCUCCAUGACCUCGGCUGGGACAUGGCAGAAGACUCGACACUUGUCAGCACCGAUAAGCGAUUCGAGGUUGAUGGUGCUUUCGCAGCCCGCGAGUUCAUUCAUCAGCACGGAGACGCGAAGGAAUGGGACGAAAGGAAAGUUCAGCUCGUGUGGGAUGCCAUUGCGCUUCAUACUGAACGUUCCAUCGCGUACUUCAAAGAAGUCGAUGUACAGGUUGUAUCGAAAGGAAUAUCCUUGGACUUCUCAGGACCAGCAUAUGGUGUUUCAGAAGAGAAAUAUGCUGCUGUGGCGAAAGCGUAUCCGAAGAAUGAUCUGAAGGAUCAAAUCAACCAAACAAUUAUCUGGUUGUGUGCUACAAAGCCACAGACUACCUAUGAUACUUGGAUGCAACCUUUUGGUGAGAGAUAUGUGGAAGACUAUAAUGUCACUGGUAAGCAGAGGAUUGAUAUCAUAUUCCAGAACCUCACGUUGGGGCAAGAUUGA